UCUCCUCAUUUUGGUUUUCCAAAACCAGAAACAGUUGUGGAAGUGGAAGAAGACAGUAUUGAUAAACCCAUGGCGACGGCGACGGCGACGGCGACGGCGACGGCGACGGCAACAAGGCCCGGUGUUCCAAAGUCGGCAGCUAUUUCCAAAGGCUACAAUUUCGCUUCUGCUUGGGAACAGAAUGCUCCGUUAACAGAGCAACAACAAGCAGCCAUACAAGCACUUUCCCAUGCAGUUGCUGAGAGACCUUUUCCGUCCAAUUUGGUGAAUUUUUCCUUCUUGGUUGGUUUCAGAAUACAUCUAUCUCAAACUCAAAUUACUUGUUUUUAUUUCAAUUUCCAGGAUCAAGUUUCUGGACACGAUAACAGUCUCUCUGUCUCAACAAAACUCAAUUCUAUGGAGGAUUCAGGGGCCAUUGAAGCAGUCCUUGUGAAUACAAAUCAGUUCUACAAGUGGUUUGCAGAUCUUGAAGCAGCCAUGAAAUCAGAGACUGAAGAAAAAUAUCAGCAUUAUGUCAACACCUUAACAGAGCAGAUUCAGACCUGCGAUAGUAUACUUCACCAGGUGGAUGAAACACUUGACUUAUUCAAUGAGCUGCAGUUGCAGCACCAAACAGUGGCAACAAAGACUAGAACCCUUCAUGAUGCGUGUGAUAGACUGCUUUUGGAGAAGCAGAAAUUAAUUGAGUUUGCAGAAUCACUUCACAAAAAGCUCAAUUACUUUGAUGAAUUGGAGAAUGUUGCAACCACUUUUUAUUCUCCUAGCAUGAGUGUUGGUAGUACAAAUUUUCUACCAUUGCUUAAAAGACUUGAUGAAUGCAUAUCAUAUGUUGAGAGUAACCCACAAUAUGCAGAGUGCAGCAUUUAUUUGGUCAAGUUUCGACAACUUCAGUCUCGAGCUCUGGGAAUGAUUCGCUCUCAUGUUCUUUCCGUUCUUAAAAGUACUUCUUCUCAGGUCCAGGCUGCAAUACGAAGCAGUGGUGGUAGCAAAACAUCUUUUGCCGAGGGUAUAGAGUCAUCUAUAAUAUAUGUACGCUUCAAGGCUGCAGCAAAUGAGCUUAAGCCUAUCUUGGAGGAAAUUGAAAGCAGAACACCUAGAAAAGAGUAUAUUCAACUUCUUGAAGAAUGCCACAAACUCUAUUGUGAACAGCGCCUUUCCUUGAUAAGAGGUAUAGUGCAACAGCGGAUCUCUGAAUUUUCCAGGAAAGAAGCACUGUCGUCUUUAACUAGAUCUGGAUGUGCAUAUUUAAUGCAGGUGUGUCAGCUAGAGCAUCAACUUUUCAAUCACUUCUUCCCAUCAUCUUCAGAGGACAUUUCGAGUUUGACUCCUCUUGUAGAUCCUCUGUGUACUUUCCUCUAUGAUACAUUGCGUCCUAAACUUAUUCACGAAACAAAUCUGGAUGUUCUUUGUGAACUGGUUGAUAUCCUUAAAGUUGAAGUUCUAGGAGAACAAUUGAGCAGACGGGGGGAGUCAUUGGCUGGGCUACGUCCAACGCUGGACAGAAUUCUAGCAGAUGUACAUGAGCGAUUAACUUUUCGUGCUCGCACCUAUAUCCGUGAUGAGAUUGCAAAUUACCUUCCUUCAGACGAGGAUCUGGAUUACCCUAAAAAGUUGGAGCAAUCUGUUUCAGCAGAACUGGAUUCACCAUCUACUGAACUAAAUCAAGAUGUUUCCGGAACUUGGUAUCCUCCACUGGAGAAAACCAUAUCAUGUCUAUCAAAACUGUACUGUUCUCUAGAAACAGCUGUUUUUACUGGAUUGGCUCAGGAAGCUGUAGAGUUCUGCUCGUUAUCCAUUCAAAAAGCUAGCAAACUUAUUGGCAAAAGAUCGUCAUCAAUGGAUGCACAACUUUUCCUAAUAAAGCAUCUACUCAUCCUGAGGGAGCAGAUUGCCCCAUUCGACAUAGAAUUUUCAGUCACGCAUAAGGAACUUGAUUUUUCACAUUUGCUGGAGCAUCUGAGGCGGAUUCUAAGGGGUCAGGCAUCAAUCUUUGACUGGUCGAGAUCAACUUCAUUAGCUAGAACUUUAUCUCCACGAGUUUUGGAAAGUCAAAUUGACGCCAAGAAGGAAUUGGAGAAAAGCCUGAAAACUACUUGCGAGGAGUUCAUUAUGUCAGUGACUAAGUUAGUUGUGGAACCAUUGCUUUCUUUUGUGACAAAGGUUACGGCUGUUAAAGUUGCAUUAUCUGGUAGUCAAAAUCAAAAACUGGAGUCUGGGAUUGCAAAGCCACUCAAGGAUCAUGCUUUUGCUUCACCAGAAAAGAUUGCCGAGCUUCUUCAGAAGGUCAACACAGCAAUAGAUGAAGAUUUGCCUAGGGUAUUGGUAAAAAUGAGGCUCUAUCUGCAGAACUCAUCGACACGUGCAAUACUUUUCAAACCCAUUAAGACUAAUAUAUUGGAAGCACACAUUCAAGUGCUAUCCCUUCUGAAAAAAGAAUAUACACCUGAGGAUAGACAAGACCUUGUCAAGAUGGUCUCAAUGCAGGAUUUGGAAGCUAAACUAGAUAAGCUUCUAUAAUGAGCUUCCGUUAUAGAAGCUUAUCAUUUAGUGGUAAUCAUAAAGCUUCCACGAUGAGCUCCAAGGCGAUGCUUUCUUCAACUCCGACUUCUGUAAUACCAGAAUUUAUCGUGGUGGAGGUUCCGGGAACUGCAUGGAGGAAGGUUUUAACCCCAGUUCAAUUCAUAUACAUCGAUCAUACAUGUAAAGCUUUGUUGAAGAGUUGACUUCUGGAUUUGUCUGUUAUCAGAAGAAUUUCUCAUUGAUUCACCCAGGUUGUAAACAGAAUUUUGAUCGUCAUAGUUUGACUUGACGCAAAAUCUAAUUAAAAAAUGUGAACUUUUGGGACAUGAUCUUAAACAUAUUAUUAUACUAUUUUGGGUGUUAUAACUUUUAUGAAA